AUGGACGUAGCCAACUCAGGCCCACUUGCAAGCAUGAUGGAAAACGAAGUACCUGCACCUAGUCAACAGGUCACGUACGAGACACCUGAGGCUCAAGAAUAUCGAGCGAAGAUGAGCAAGAAAAUGGGCACGAGACUCAUGGAUGAUAGCAUCGGUACACGAGUGGAGAGCCCAGGACUCGUUCGCGAUGUGGAUGAAAGUGGUACAACUGGCGUUGGAGGACGGGUACGUGGACGCCAGCGAACAGCAAAGAAUGCGCUAUGA